UUACAGACCAAUGGGAAUUACCUGCUGACCGGCGCCUAUGACAACACGGCCAAAGUUUGGACACACCCCCUGUGGGCGCCAUUAAAGACUCUCGCUGGGCAUGAGGGGAAGGUCAUGGGAGUUGACAUUUCACCGGACGGAGAAUUAAUCGCCACCUGUUCCUACGACAGAACCUUCAAGCUUUGGGCGGCCGAGGCCUAAAAUGACCCCCAUAUAGUGCCAUUGGGCGGAAUGUUCCCGGGGUGGAGAUAAGUGAUGCCAGGCUGCGGCCCUCCUGCUACAACUCUUAUCACUUCCUGUUGUUAAACUACAACUCCCAUCACCUCCUGCACCUUUAAUACCAGAACUGUCAUUGCCAGGAACUAAGUUUUGUGUUAGAUAUUGUUAUUUUUAUAUUCAAUUAAAAUCUUC